AUGGCUCAUGGGAAAAGGUUUGCUCAAAUUCCAAUGUCUAAGUGCAUGCGAGACAUUUGUAAAGAGGAAGACUAUGCUUUCUUAAACAGCCUGGGGAAACAGGACAAGAGUCCAGAAGACAACACAUUUCAGGAGAGCGAGUGGCAGGACAAGAAAGAGGAAAGGGUCCACCGUUGUCAGGAGCGAGAGCAGCUGGAACGAGAGCGGCAACUUGAGAUAGACGAACAGCGGAAGGAGAAGCAAGAGAAGUGGAAAAGUCAUGUAGCUGAGCUAGCGGUGCAGCGUGAGGCCAUCCAUGCAAAACUGCACCGACUACGAGAAUUCAGGGACUUUCAGAAGAAAGUUCUGCUGCAGGAUUUGGGUCAGGAUCCUGGUUCUACAAAUGAAACAAUCAACCACCUCCUAAUGAGACUGUAACUGUGUUUAUUAAAAAUGAAUUACUAGUGCUGUAAGCAAUUUUUUUCUUUAAGUACAACAUACAUGUAUAUUGUCCCUACUAAUGGACAGAUGUCACUGAAAUAGGUGUCCUCAUUUUGCACGUUUGGGAUUCCUGACAUCAGAAUGACUAACAUGUUUUUGGAGGGUGGGUUAUGAAGAGAAGUUGUGUGGUUAAAGUUAGCAAAAUGGCAAAAGUUAUAAAAACGGCUUAAGUUGCUUACAGCACCUUUAAAUAAUAAUAAUAAUUAAAAAACAAUUAACUGUUCUCACUUCAUAUAUUUAUAAUGCUAACAGAGCAGCUUUAUUUGAUAUAUUGCAGGUGUGGACUGGGUCAAAUAUCUUCUAUAGAUGUGUUAAUCUGGUUAAACCUGAGAUGACAGAACAUGUGUAAGAAUAACUUCAGUGAAAUCUGAUCUCUACCUCUUCUAAGAUGCUAAAUGGCGCGAAACUCGUUGUCAGACUACAAUAGAGUGAGUUACGGCUCAUUCAAUGUGCAAAAUGAUUAAAUAACAAACUCACUGACCCUUUGGCAAUAAAUCACAGCUAUUGACAUAAUCUGUGUCACAUGUCUGAUAUUAUACUGCAAUAUUGUAGUAUACUGCUCAUCAAUGGACUCUUAAUCACAUGACCUUUUGGAGAAGGGCAAAACUUUUUAUUUUAUUUUAUCUUUGAUCUCAAGCACAAAAGGUGGUGAUGGAGACUGAUAUUUAGAAAAAUAGAUAAAAAGAGGAAAGAAGGAAUAGAAAGAAACCGGUGGUUCCAGUGGUACAGGUCUAGCA